ACCCCCCCACUUUCCGCCCCUUUCUCGACACGGAGGCCUAUGCAAGCAAGCUUUACCCCCACCAAACGACACCGAGACCGUUUUAUCUUUCCAACUCGCAACAGUAGUCUCCCCCUCCUCCCUCUCUCUUUUCAGUUCAGCGCUUUUUUUUUUCCUACCGUGAAGUGAACUGCCGCCAUGUUCUUCUGAGCCAGUAUGACAGUCAGACGGGAGGAAGAGAGACAGGGACAUAGUCUGUGACUAAAACGAAGGUUUAACUCGGCUUUUCGGAGUAUGAGAGAGACAUUUUAACGCCACUGAACGUUUAGAACGGUGGAAGUUUUCCGUUUAUUUUUUUUUUGCAACAGAAGAGCCGUUCGGAUUUACAGAGAAAUCGGCGUGUCCGGAUGUUACAGCGCGAUAUAUUUUAUUUUCCUAUGGCGUAGGCACCUUUAUAUAAAGGCUGAUCUUUUUACACAUUUGGGGGUCGGAGGGUCGCCUCCGGUCGAAUCUAUAAGCACAUCCUAGUCUGUUUUUAAAAACCUUUUUUUUGUAACCGAAAAAAUACACGGAGUAAAUGUCUAAUUUGUGUGAAAUAGAAGAAAAACACAUUCCAACAUUCGUUCGUGACUCUGAAAGGAUGACUAUCGAUACUAACGGGAUUUAAUUGGUGUUUUGGACGUUUAAUUGAUUAUCAAAGACUCAUCAUUUGCCGUCUACGAGAUUUUAAAGACGACGAUAGGGGAAAUUCUAUUUCCUUCCUUGAAGCCCUACGGUGAGCGGAUUCCAAAGAUGACGGGCUCUACCCCGGCAGACAUGAUUAACCUGCGUCUCAUCCUGGUCAGUGGGAAGACGAAAGAGUUCCUGUUUUCUCCCAAUGACUCGGCCGCAGACAUUGCCAAACACGUCUACGAUAACUGGCCAAUGGACUGGGAGGAGGAACAGGUCAGCAGUCCUAACAUCCUGAGGCUCAUCUACCAGGGUCGCUUUCUACAUGGAAACGUCACGCUAGGAGCUCUCAAACUGCCUCUGGGGAAAACCACAGUGAUGCAUUUAGUUGCCAGAGAGACGUUGCCUGAGCCAAACUCCCAAGGUCAGAGGAACAGAGAGAAAACUGGGGAGAGUAACUGCUGUGUCAUCCUGUAAAUACCCACAUUCAUCCCUCCCACACCCACCUCCAUCCCUCCCUCACCCACCUCCAUCCCUCCCUCACCCACCUCCAUCCCUCCAUCACCCACCCAUCCACCUCCAUCCCUCCCUCACCCACCUCCAUCCCUCCCACCCACACCCACCUCCAU